CGACACAUGGCAAGACGGAGGUGUUACUACUGUCUUGCUUAAAUACAUUUCUGCCCAUCCAACUCCCCAACCAAAACCCUAUGUUUCCCAUCCAAAAAAUAUCAGUAGCAUGUGGAUAGAGACCUGAGAGAAGAGAAAGAAGAAGGGCAGUCUCGCUGGAGAACUGCGCUCAAUACGGAACCACGUCAUCAAAGGUACCGAUAUCAACGGAUCUAGAUGACCCGAUCCAAUGUAUGCUGGAUAUGAGCUCCCCCACACAAUCCUCCCUCAGCGGAUCUGGAGAUAUCAUCAUCGACGCUCCUAUGCGAAAUUGUCGUCACCCACUGAAUCCUCUGCGAAUCCACUGAAUCCUCUCGAGACUUCAUCACACACUCAAUCCUCUACGAAAUUUCAGGGAAAUUCUACGAUAUGGAUAAGAUAGCAAAUACGGUAAGUUUCCUUCGCAGAUGAAUCCGAGACCAUGGAAAUUUCUUUGAAAUUAUUGGAUAUGGAGAUGUGUUUUCCUUCGCCGACUUUAUUUCCUUUCCGGGCGAGUUUAACGGAAUUCCACCGUUCGACAUCAACCUCUUGCCCAAGUACGGUAGAUUAGGAGAAGAGAGCGUGAUUGAAACAAAGAGGUUAUUACUUUAAGGGUUCUUUUCCUCAUUCACUACUUUAAGGCCAAGAAGAUGCAUUGCCACAUUAGGUAAGUUAUCAGAUAUUUUCAUAUAUUUCACAUAGGUACAAAGGAGGCUUUUGGUGUUCCACAUAAAGGUACAAAGUAGAAUGCUCACUUUCAUCUACUCAUACUGUUACCGCAAAAAGUGUCUGACAAGACCUCCUUUUUUAUAUUCGAAUUUGAUUGUAUAAAUAGGGUUCUUCAUAAUCACAAGGUCAGUAUGUUAUUCUCUGUUAAUCCUCUCAUUUUCCUUAUUCUUUCAUUUGAAUCAUCCCAACUAUUUUCAUAAAUAAAUUUUCAUUCUUUAGUUGUUGAUGUUAUUUGAGUAUCAAUAAACUAACUAUUUUUAUUUCAUUAGAAAGGGGGAUUAGCUAAGAGUUGCAUCGAAGAAAGUGUCGUACUCUUUAAGUUUUUCCAAAUGCUUACUUUAUACGGAGUACUAAACAUUCAUUAUUCAAACCAGGAUAUUUUGCCAAAUUCUUUAUAAACAUACAUUUAACCUUCAGGUGUAGAUCAAAAGGAAGCUAUUUGGAGCUAUUCUGAAGCUGUUUGGGUUAUUGUAAAUGUAGUGAGCAAGAAGUUACAAUAAAAGGAUAUGCAUCUAGAUAUUUCUAUUAAAGAGACAAAUGGAUUGAUUGACUACUUCAAGGAUUAUAGAGAAACUGGUUAUUCAAAAGCAAUUGAUGAAGCAAAGGAGAUAGCUACUGAAAUGGAUACACCUCUGAUGUUUCUAGAAAAGCGUUUGAUUCAAAGGAAAAAAAGAGUUGAUGAGAGUUUAAGUAGCGAAGAAGUUUCAUUUAAAACUGAAGAGAAUUUCAGGGUCAAUUUCUUCUCUUAUGUUGUGGAUAAAGCCAUAUCUUCUCUUGAGAUGAGAUUUGAACAAUUCAAAGACUAUGAGAGAUUAUUUGGGUUUUUGUUUCCACAUAAGUUGAGUGGAAUUGAAGAAAAGGAGCUUAAAAUGUUUUGUCAUCAACUUGAAAAUGCACUCAAGUUCGAAGAAAGAUCAGAUAUUGAUGAUGAAGAGCUUUACAUGGAGUUGAAAUCAUUCAACACAUUACAAACCAGUGAAUUUAGCAACCCCAUAGAUGUUUUGAAGCAUUUAAAAGAACUUCGUUAUCACCAAAAUGCCUUCAUUGCAUAUAGAAUUUUGUUAAUUGUUCUAGAAACAAUGGCAUCUGCAGAGAGAAGUUUUUUCAAAUUGAAGCUCCUGAAAUCUUACUUACUGUCUACAGUGUCCCAAGAAAGACUUAGCGGAUUGGCGGCAAUAGCUAUUGAGAAUGAAAUCUUAAAGAGCAUAGACUGUGAAGAUGUGAUCAACCAAUUUGCUCUCAAGAAUGCAAGGAGAACUUCUCGAAUUCUCGGCUAGCUUUUACGGUAUGUAACUAUAAUACUAUAAUUUUGUCAUUUAUUUUUUUAUUCUAAGAAUAUUGCGUUAAUUAUAAAUUAAAUAUAAUUAGUUCACAUAU